AUGCGCCUCAUAUCGCUUUCUUCGACUUUUCUACUCGCUGCAAACGCAGCGGCGUAUGAUACCCUCCUCCAUUUCGGCCCAACAGCUCAAGUUGAGAGCCGUUCCAUCGAUCAGAUUUACAAAGCUGCUCUCAAGGAAGGUGGUGUUGUGACAGCCUGGUUCGGCGGCGAUGAGAAGAACCAAAAUGACGCGGUCAAGGACGCCUUCGAAUCCGCUUUCCCCGGCAUGAAGCUCAAUCAAACCGUCGACCUGUCUAAAUAUCUCGAUGGUAACAUCGACCAACAACUUGCCAACAACAACGUCUAUGUCGACACAAUCGCUAUACAGACUACACAGGACUUUCCACGAUGGAAAGAAGAGGGCGCGCUGCUUUACUAUGCCCCUGCUGGGUUUGACAAGAUCUAUUCUGGUCUUAAGGAUACGGAUGCUGCUUUCUACGGGUACACUGGUAUUGCGUGGCAGCUUGUUUGGAACGCUGAUAAGUUGAAAGGCAAGAAGGCGCCGGCGGAAUACAGCGACUUUCUUGCGCCCGAGUACAAAGGUAAACUUGCUUUGACUUAUCCCAAUGACGACGACUCAAUCCUCUUCCUCUUCGAUAAAAUCCUCAACCAAUACGGCGAAUCUUGGUUCGACAAGCUCCUCCAACAGAAGCCUCGCUGGGUUCGUGGAGCAGCUACUCCCCAGACGCUUGUUCGCAACCCCAAGACACCUUACGUCGCGACCUUCACCUCAGCCAUCGGCUUAUCAACUGUCGCUGGCUCUCUCAACGCUACCUUUCCCAAGAAGAGCAACUUCAUCUCGUGGGCACAGCAUACUGCCAUUCUCAAGGAUGCACCACACCCCGAGGGCGCUAAGUUGCUGCAGAACUUUCUACUGAGCAAGGACUUCCAGAAGACGAGCGGGUUCUGGCCUGUGAGAAGUGACGUUGCUCCGCCGGCUGGCUUUCCUGUGUUUGUUGAUCAAUCCCACACAGACCCCCAUGAUUUCGUGAGGUUCAUGGUCGACCGGGAAAGGGUCGAGAGGUUGAGAUUCUGGUUCGAGAAGAGACUUGGUACUCCCCAGGGUCUCAGUUCAUUGGAUGAUGAUUUGUAG